GGUUAUGAAAAAGAAUUGAAAGUUAAAGUAGAUGAUAAAAUUGAACAUAAUCCAUGUAUUUUCUACAGCUUACCUUAUGCUUUUGCACUUUUAGAUAAUCAUAAACAAGUAGAAGAGUACAGAGAUCAAAAGGUGUUCAGUUACAAAAAACUGCUAUUAUUAAAAAGCACUGCUA